AAUUCAUUUCUUAAGAAACCCUUUAGUUUGAAAAUUCUAGGAUAAGAAGAAUCAAUACAAAAAAAUAAAAACACUCACGAAGCUGAAUCACUAGUAACAAUAACACCCUACUUAUGUAUGAAGAACCUUUUGUGGUGCUUGAUUAACAAAAUACAAGAAAGCAAAAAAAAAUUACUUUGAUGAGUUUUGGUGACAAUAAGUAGAAUAAUGCCUUCUAGUGCAAUCUCACAACCUCGUUUAUCAACUCCUACUUUGGUUAAAUCCAUGUUCAACUCAUCUGGUCUAUCUUUAGCACUUCAAACAAAUUUAGAAGCACAAGGUGGUGAUAUGAAGAGAUUAAUGGCUGAGAAUUUUCAUCAAACAAAUAAUGGUUUGAGAAGGAAUAGAGAAGAAGAAGAACAUGAAAGCUGCAGAUCUGGUAGUGAUAACAUGGAUGGUAUUUCUGGUGAUGAUUUUGAUGCUGCCGACAAUCCGCCAAGAAAAAAGCGUUAUCACCGACAUACUCCUCAACAAAUUCAAGAACUUGAAUCGAUGUUUAAAGAGUGUCCUCAUCCUGAUGAAAAACAAAGACUUGAACUUAGCAAAAGGCUUUGUUUGGAAACAAGACAAGUCAAGUUUUGGUUCCAAAAUAGAAGAACACAAAUGAAGACUCAAUUGGAACGUCACGAGAAUUCGCUACUUAGGCAAGCAAAUGAUAAACUAAGAGCUGAGAACAUGUCAAUAAGAGAAGCAAUGAGGAAUCCCAUGUGUUCAAAUUGUGGAGGACCAGCAAUUAUUAGUGAAAUUUCACUUGAAGAACAACAUCUAAGAAUUGAGAAUGCAAGACUAAAAGAUGAAUUAGACCGAGUUUGUACACUCGCCGGCAAGUUUUUAGGCCGUCCAAUUACGUCGUUACCAAACUCGAGUUUAGAAAUUGGUUUUGUUGGUUUGAACAAUACUUUGCCUUCAACAAUGCCUUUAGGUCAAGAUUUUGGUAUGGUGUCAAUGUCACCACCUUCAAUUACAAGAGGAACAAGUAUGGUAACAAAUACUAAUAGUAAUGGUUUUGAUAGAUCAAUGGAGAGGUCUAUGUUCCUUGAACUUGCUUUGGCUGCAAUGGAUGAGUUGGUGAAGAUGGCACAAACAAAUGAACCUCUUUGGAUUAGAAGUGUUGAAAGUGGAAAAGAAAUUUUUAAUCAUGAGGAAUAUACAAGGAUUAUUAGUACUCCUUGUAUUGGUUUGAAACCAAAUGGUUUUGUUUCUGAGGCUUCUAGAGAAAGUGGUGUUGUUAUCAUAAACAGCUUGGCUCUUGUUGAAACUUUAAUGGAUUCAAAUCGAUGGUCAGAGAUGUUCCCUUGUGUGAUUGCAAGAAGCUCCACAACUGAAGUGAUAUCUAGUGGAAUAAAUGGAACCAGAAAUGGUGCUCUACAACUGAUGCAAGCUGAACUUCAAGUGCUUUCUCCAUUGGUUCCUGUUCGUGAGGUGAGUUUUCUAAGGUUUUGCAAGCAACAUGCAGAAGGGGUAUGGGCAGUGGUUGAUGUGUCCAUAGAUACCAUCAGAGAAACUUCAGCUGGUGCACCCACUUUUCUUACCUGUAGGAGGCUUCCUUCUGGUUGUGUGGUUCAAGAUAUGCCAAAUGGUUACUCUAAGGUGACAUGGGUGGAGCAUGCAGAAUAUGAAGAAAGCCAAGUUCACCAGCUCUAUAGACCCUUGCUAAGCUUAGGCAUGGGUUUUGGCGCACAACGUUGGGUUGCAACCCUACAACGCCAAUGCGAAUGUCUAGCAAUUUUAAUGUCAUCAUCACUCCCCUCUAGAGAACACUCAGCAAUAAGUGCGGGAGGAAGGCGUAGCAUGCUAAAGCUAGCGCACCGAAUGACAAACAAUUUUUGUGCCGGAGUGUGUGCAUCGACGGUGCACAAAUGGAACAAAUUGAAUGCAGGGAACGUGGGCGAGGACGUUAGGGUAAUGACAAGGAAAAGUGUGGAUGAUCCGGGUGAGCCACCAGGGAUUGUGCUUAGUGCAGCAACCUCAGUUUGGCUACCCGCUUCACCACAAAAAGUAUUUGAUUUCCUCCGCAACGAGAAGCUUAGAAGUGAAUGGGACAUACUCUCCAACGGUGGUCCAAUGCAAGAGAUGGCUCACAUUGCCAAAGGACAUGACCAUGGCAACUGUGUCUCCCUCCUACGAGCUAGUGCUAUUAAUUCAAGUCAAAGUAGCAUGUUGAUUUUACAAGAAACAAGCACAGACGCAUCGGGGUCGCUUGUUGUGUACGCUCCGGUGGAUAUUCCUGCAAUGCAUGUAGUAAUGAACGGUGGCGAUUCAGCUUAUGUUGCGCUUCUUCCGUCGGGUUUUGCCGUGUUACCAGAUGGACAUAGCAAUGGGAGCGGUAAUCACGAAGACGCAUCACAGCCGAGAGUGAGUGGAUCACUUUUGACGGUAGCAUUUCAGAUACUUGUGAAUAGCCUUCCGACGGCAAAGCUCACGGUGGAAUCAGUUGAAACGGUUAACAAUCUCAUUUCAUGUACUAUUCAAAAGAUAAAAGUAGCACUUCAAUGUGAGAGUUAAUGUCACAUGACACAUCAACUCUCAUGUGACUCUGCUUUGAGUUGUUCGUAUUUUGUAACUUUUUUAUAUGAUAUGUCGCAACUCAAAUAUCUUCAAUCACCUGAUCGUGAUUGUUAGAUCAAGAUCAGACAACCACCUUUAUCACGACUGCAAGAAAAUGUUGAUUGUAGGGAAUUUAAUUUCGUAGUUAUGAGGUGAAAUUUAGUUUGUGAAAUCUAUUUCAAAUUGUUAUAUAUCUUACUUAAGUUUCACCUCAAUAACUAUAAGAGUGAUGAGUAGUGUUAUUACUGAUAUUUUAUUUAGUAUAAUAUUUAAUUUGAGAGAUUAUAAGUGGCGUGUGGGAAGGACUCGAGGGGUGUGGAGUCAAGAACGAACCACGCGUUAAAAAACUCCUUGAAUGGUGGUGAGUAUCCAAGACUUGGUUGGGUUCGGAUCUUUAACACAAAGGAAAGGGUGGUGGUUCGGGUAUUGACUCGGGUUGACCCAUUAUACUAGCAGAAAACAGGCAAGAACAAAGUUUUUUGAAGGAAUGCAAGAACAAAUUUGUUUCUCUAGUUUGUAUUACUAGUUUGUAUGAAUUGAAUCUAGUUUGUUGAAUGUGAUGAGACUGUGAAUUUAUUUUGUUUGUCA